GCUGGAGCAGGUGACGUGUCUCCUCCACCAUCCUCCCGCCCCACUUCCACAGCGGGUUCCCGUGCGUGGGGCUGGGGCUCCUGGAGGGGCCCCGCUUCCAACGUUCUCGCUCCUUCUGCUCUCGGGCCUCCUGCUCCCGCGUCUCUCAAGCCCAGCCCACCGCGACCCACCCCUCACUGGAACUCUCGAAUUUGGGACUAAGGAAUCAAAGAAAGAUGAAGCAGGCAUUGAUGGCAGUGAGCAAUGGAGUAAUGGGGCAUGAUCCUGAUUAGGGAGGGACAGCGGCGGUCUCCCCUCUACUCGCAGCCCGGGCAUUUGCUUCCACUAGCGGACGCUAUGGGUCUGCGCUCACCUUUGUCCGCGCGCCGCUCGCUGGGUAGCGCGCGGCCAAUCGCCUUCCGUCGUAGGCGUGUUGCUAUACCAUGAUCUGUCUGUCAUUGGUCAGAUGCCCCAUUCCGUAGGUUGCUGCCCCAGAGCGCAGAGUCCCCGGCUGAAGCGAAAGGUUCCCUCGAAUUUUCAAUUGCAGGCGGGUGACAGCUCGGUUUGGGACAGAUUGUCCUCUUAGGAGCUGACGUGGGCGCGCCCUCCUUGGCAGGCUGUCUUCGGAGGAGCUCAGAGGCCUUCACUUCCUCUAACAAGAACUGACCUCGGUUGGGCGCUGGAUUCGAGUCCCGGGUGCUGGGGCGGGCGAGGUGCGCAGCGGAGUGGGUGAGCGCGGGACAGGUGCGCAGGAGCCUUCGGGGCUGGAAGGUAUUUCAGCUGAACUGUCUAUUCGUCUUCAAGCCAUCAUGAGCCCUAAGAAGCGCAGGUCACAGAAGAUCCCAUUUGAUAAAAAGAGUAAUAUGAAAAUUGAUAACUAUUUUUCUCAGGUCAAUAAAAAAGAACAGAAUAAUUCCAGUAUUUCUCAAAUGAAGACGGGCUCUAGAAAAGGUCCAAAAGAUAUCUCUAACACCCAGGUUCAAGGUCCCAAAGACCAGACUGUGCCCCUAAAUAAGACAAUUUAUGUUACCUUGGAUGUAAAUCACAAGAAAAACAAAAAGAUGAAACACGAGCUCACACAUAAUGAGAGGGAUAGCUUAUACGUGGCACUCAACACUCUUAAGGCUGUCAAAGAAGAGAUAGAAACUCAGCAAGGCAAAGAAAUGCUGGUGCGAGGCACAGAAGGAAUUGAAGGAUAUAUAAACCUGGGAAUGCCUCUCAGUUGUUUUCCGGAAAACUGUCACGUGGUACUUAGAUUUGCCCAAAGUAAGCAGAAAGAAGAGAACCAGGUAUUUGGCCGGCAUGACGAGGUAUCUGCUGACUGUGUCAAAUUUUAUAUUCAUGCAAUUGGGAAGAGGAAAAAAAGGAUUGUCAAACGCGGGGAACUUCACAAAGAAGGGUGCAAACUCUGCAUCUAUGCUUUCAAAGGAGAAACCAUCAAGGAUGCUCUGUGCAAGGAUGGCAGGUUUCUUUCCUGUCUGGAGAAUGAUGAUUGGAAACUCAUUAAAAACUUGGACUCCAUUUUAGAAAACACACAACCUGUUGAUGACUUAGAAGGCAAGCUCUUUCAGAUCGAGGUUGAAAAAAGAAUGGGCUCCAGGGCAGCAGCAGCUCUGAAUCCUGAGUUAGAGGAAGUAAACACUUGUGUGUUGAGUGAAGAAAUUGUGGACCAGUACCCCAGUUUGAAAAGAGAACGUGAAAAAAUCAGAGAAAAUUUUGAGAAAGAAAUGAAAAAAAUAAAGGGGAAAACUUCAUUAUUUAAAUUGCAUAAAACAAACUUUGGGAAACUGACAAAAAACUCUACUCUGGUUAAAGUACACAAACUUCUUUCUCAUCUCAGUAACUCAAUUGGGUACAUAUCCUGGGACAACAAUGGAAAUAUGGGCUCUGCCACCUGCUUUGUUUUUAGAGGGUUGUUCAUUUUCACUUGUCGACAUGUAAUAAAUAACAUUGUGGGACAAGGUAUAGAGCCAAGUAAGUGGGCAGACAUAGUUGGUCAGUGUGUGAGAGUGACAUUUGGUUAUGAAGGGCUCCCAGAAAAAGAAGAGAAUUGCUUUUUUGUUGAACCUUGGUUUGAGAUAUCUGAUGAAACUCUUGAUUAUGCUGUUCUGAAACUGAAGGAAAAUGGACAGAAAGUACCUUCGGGAUUGUAUAAUGGAAUUUCUCCCACACCUGCUGGUGGGCUGCUGUAUAUUAUUGGCCACCCAAAUGGAGAGGCAAAGUCUACUGAUGCUUGUGCUGUGAUCCCUCAAGGUCAGCGAGUAGAGAAAUGUCAGGAAAAUCUUCAGGCUAGAGAAGCACAGGGUUGUGAUUAUGCUAGGGAGUGGAUCCAUAUGUUCACUCAAAGUAGUUUCCAGGAAGUAGUUUACAACCGUGAUGUGAUUACCUAUGAGACCUCUUUUUUUUGGGGGUCUUCUGGCUCCCCAGUGUUUGAUUCAAAAGGUUCAUUGCUGGCCAUGCAUACUGCUGGCUUCCCUUAUUUGUACCCAAACACAGUUCCCACUAUCAUUGAGUUUGGCCCUACUCUCGAAUCCAUCCUCCUUGAUAUUAAGCAAAAUCAUGGAGCAUGGUAUGAAGAACUAUGUAUAAAUCAGCAAGAUGUAGAAAUGUUGAGUGAUGAGGAUUGAGGACAGUGAGAAUUUGGUCUGUUUACUAGUUUUAAGCAGAUUACCUGUGGAGUUGCUAUUCCGUAGGCAAUGAUGAUAGUUUUCUAAAUUCCAAAUGGUCAGUUUCGUCAACAGUAAUAAUAAUUAGUGCCAGCUCUGAUGGCCUAGUGGUUAAAGUUUGCCACUCUGACCACUUGAGCAGCCAGGGUUCAUUUCCUGGUCACAGAACCACAUUACCUGUCUGUCAGUUGCCAUGCUGUGGCAGCUCACAUAGAAGAACUAGAAUGUCUUAGAACUAGGAUAUACAACCAUGUACUGGGGCCUUGGGGAGGGAAAAAAAAGAAAAAAGGAAGACUAGCAGCAAAUGUUAGCUCAGGGUGAACUUUUCCCUGCAAAAAAAUAAAAACAAAAAAAAGAAAAUUUAAUCAGGAAAUAUGUAAAGUGUGAGGGCAAAGUCUCCUGAAAUGACAUUCAGAAAUAACCAUUCUUAAGUAUGCAAGCUAGAAAUUAAAAUAAUAAUAAUUAUUGGUGACUUCCUAGGUGCCAAGCAUUUUUCUAAGCACAUGAAGAAGCUAGUCCUUACAACUCUAUGAGGUGGACUGUUAUCCCUAUUUUACUUUUUUUAAGAAAUUUUCAUUUUUGCUAAUGAUUACUGUUUUUUUGCAAGGGAAGAUUAGCCCUAAGCCAACAUCUGUUGCCAAUCUUCUUCCUUUUUUUCUUCUUCUUCCCCCAUCCGCCGCCAAAGGCCCAGUACAUAGUUGUGUAUAGUUGUGAGUUCUUCUGUGUGACCCACUGUCACAGCGUCGCUACUGACAGACAAGUUGUAUGAUUCCAAGCCCAGGAACGGAACCUGGGCCGCUGAAGCAGAGCGUGCUGAACUUUAACCACUAGGCCGUCAGGGCUGGCUCUCUGUUAUCCCUAUUUUAAAGUCAAGCAAUGUGAAGAAUUGAUUAAGAUAAGAUUAGGUAAUAAUCAGUUGUAUACUCUAAAAGUAGUGUGACCGUUAUUUUUUUUAACCUUCCAUAUCUUCCCCUAAAUUCAGUUGCUUGAAGGCAGGAUCUGAGACUUGUUCAUCUCAUUAUCUGCAAUAUCUGGCACAUGGAAUGUACGUGCUUAGAAAAUGUGUGGGUUGAGGCCAGCCCGGUGGCGCAGCGGUUAAGUUCGCCCGUUACACUUCUCAGCAGCCUGGGAUUUGCUGGUUCGGAUUCUGGGUGCAGACAUGGCACCGCUUGGCACGCCAUGCUGUGGUAGGCAUCCCACGUAUAAAGUAGAGGAAGAUGGGCACGAUGUUAGCUCAGAGCCAGGCUUCCUAUGCAAAAAAGAGGAGGACUGGCAGUAAUUAGCUCAGGGCUAAUCUUCCUCAAAAAAAAAAAAAAGGAAAGAAAAUGUGUGGGUCAAUCAGUAGCAAAACUUAGGGAUGCAGUUAAUUUUUAGUGAGGAACUAAAUACUUGGCUAGAAAUGAUCUCAAACAAAAUUGUUAUUGUUCACUGUACUUGGAUGGGAAAUAACUUUAUCACCUAGAGUACAGUGUUUAUGGGCAGGUUCCUUUGACUUUCAUCUUAAAGACUCAUUCUUAGGUGAGCACCUUUUCCCUCAUCUCCUUCAGUGAGGUUGUUUCAUAGGUUUUUUUAAUACAGUUAAGAUUUUCUCGUCACAGCCUGCCUUCUUUCCUUUGGUCCCUUGACCUCCUAAAUGAUUUCUUAAAUUUGCAUACAUUAAGGUUCACUUUUCAUGCUGUAAAUUCUAUGGGUUUUGACAAGUGCAUAAUGUCAUGUAUCCAUCAUUACAAUGUUAUCCAGAAUCACUUCACCACCCUAAAAUUCCCAUGUGCUUUACCUAUUUAUCCCUCCUCUCUCCCCUGAACCCCUGGUGACCCCUGACCUUUGUGCUGUCCCUGUAGUUUGCCUUUUCCAGAGUGUCAUAGAAGCGGAAUCAUAUACUAGUUAGCUUUUUCAGAUUGACUUCUUUCAGUUAGCAAUAUGCAAUUAAAGUAUUUCUCUGUCUUUUCAUGGAUUGAAAACUCAUUUCUUUUUAUUGCUGAAUAAUAUUUCAUUGUGUGGAUAUAUCACAGUUUGUUUAUUCAUUCACUUUUUGAAAGAUAAUUUGGCUGCUUACAGUUGGUGAUUCUAAAUAAAUUUGCGUACAAGCUUUUGUGUGAACAUAAAUUUUCAACUGAGUUGGGUAAAUACCUAGAAGUGUGAUUACUGUGGUAUAUGCUAAGAUUGUGUUCAACUUUGUAAGAAUCUGCCAAACUGUCUUCCAAUGUGGCUAUACCAUUUCGCAUUCCCACUAGCAAUAAAUGAGAGUUCGUAUUGUUUCACAUCCUCACCAACGUUUGGUAUUGUCAGUUUUUUGGAUUUUAGGCAUAUUAAUACUGUUGUAAUGCCUGGUAUUCUUCAGGGAAUUAUGAUAUUCAUUCAGGAAAUUGGGGCUGUUUUGGAUGAUCUAGCAUAUGUACACGUAGUUACAGUAUCAGUCUGGAUUCUGAAGAAUAAAGCCACUACAAACACAGUAAGAAUCAGGUAUUUAGUUAUGAAUUGGGGUUGUAUGAAUAUGGAAGGAGCACAGGAAGAGAAAAUCUGUCAGACUGCAGCCAGAGGAUGUCAACCUAAAGCAUUGGAAAACAGAUAGAAGUUGCUGAUUGACGUGGGAAAGUCUGAGAAGUUGCCAUGUCUUGUCUCCAUGAUGGUAAAGUGAUAGCUUACAAAGAGGUUGCAAAGUUGCAGCAUCAGACAUAACGUACAAGUGGGAGCUUAUGGAGCCAAAGUCCUGCCUGACUGCCACAAUCUUCCAGUAAUGACUUCCACUUCAUUUCCACCGCCCAAUAUUUUUAUGAGUUUUUCUUACCAAUGCAACCCAGAAAACACAGGGAUUUGAGGAAAAUAAUUCUCAGCUUUAUAAGGAAGUAGUGAUGCUGCUAAACUGACAAUAGGUAGCCAGCACACACAAGCAUGCGAUACGUGCACAUAUAUACAAUCAUCAAUUAUCAUUGUAAGCAAGGCUGUAACCCAGUGUUUAUCAUGAAGUGUAUGUUACAACUGAUUACUAACUGCAAGUCACCUGCGUAUUCACCAUGUCCUACAAAUAAAUUAUGCUAUAAACAAAUCC